AAUUCGAUUAUAUAAAGCAGAAAGGCAAAAGCGAAGCGAUAUCCUUCACUUACAAUUGCUUCAUUUCUGUUCCGAGUUAACUCAGUCCAGGAUAAGCGAGUAGCGAUGGCGAUACUUUCAGAUUAUCAGGAGGACGAAGAAGAGACGAAACUGAAACCGAAUUCAAAUCCGUCAUCGUCUUCUUCAUCUAAAACGUUGUCUUUUAACGCGACGUUCGAUCCGAGGAAUCCAAUAGGGAUUGUGGAGAGGAUGUUUGAUUUUUUGGUGAAGGAGACCGACUUUAUGGUUGAAGACACAGCGGAGAAGGAAAUCAUGGCCGUGGUGAAGUCGGCCAAGGACAAGAUUAGGAAAAAGAUGGCGGGGGAAAGAGAAAGGGAAGCUUCAUUGAGAGGGAAUGAGAACAAGAGGCUGAAGGAGGAGAAGAAGCCCGAGGUUAAAGAAGAGAAUAAGGUUGAGGUCAAAAAGGAGAUGAAGACCGAGGUCAAUAAAGAGAUAAAGCCAGAGGUCAAGGACGAGCCCAUGGAGGUCGAGAAGGAGGAAGAGAGCGGCGCCAGAGUUCCAAAUAAAGGUAAUGGCCUUGAUCUGGAGAAAUACUCAUGGACACAGACCCUACAUGAGGUUAAUGUACUUGUCCCAGUCCCUGCUGGUACCAAAGCAAGGUUUGUUGUAUGUGACAUAAAGAAAAACCAUCUAAAAGUUGGACUAAAGGGCCAGCCUCCCACAAUUGAGGGAGAGCUUUAUAAGCCUGUCAAGGUUGACGAUUGCUAUUGGAGCAUAGAGGACCAAAAUACCAUAUCGAUUCUUUUGACGAAGCAUGACCAAAUGGAAUGGUGGAAAUGCUUGGUGAAGGGAGAGCCCGAAAUUAAUACUCAGAAAGUUGAACCAGAAAACAGCAAACUAUCUGAUCUGGAUCCUGAAACACGGCAGACAGUUGAAAAGAUGAUGUUUGAUCAGAGACAGAAAUCUAUGGGUCUCCCAACCAGUGAUGAGAUGCAGAAGCAGGAGAUUCUUAAAAAGUUCAUGGCUCAGCAUCCGGAGAUGGAUUUCUCAAGGGCCAAGAUAUCGUAGAUGGGACGGAGUGUUUAAUUUGGUAGUCGGGGAUUAAAAGAUAGAUGGGCGUUUCUGAUGAUUCUUGUGGAACUGCGAACAUUGGGACUUGUAGUAGUUGGAACACUGUUAAUAGUUUUUUAGUUGGAAAAUUUUUUGGAUGGACAUGCGUAACUUUCCCAAAUUUGGCUCAACAUAGCUGCUGUUUUGGUGCCAA